GCGCAGCUCGCUACCAAGCCUGCCAAGUCCCAACUAGCAGCAGCAGCAAGCGAGCCAACGAGUCCUCCGGUCGCUCGUCGGAGGCAGGGCCAGGCAACGCAACGCAGCAUGUGCAACCUCAUCACGAUCCCGUCGGUAGCCUGGCUGCACCGCGCCGUGCGCCGGUGGCGGGCCCGCCGCUCCGCGUCCGCCCCGGUUUCCGCGGGGCACGUGGCGGUGUGUGCGGACGGCGCGCGGUUCAUGGUGCGGCUGGCGCACCUGAGCCACCCGGCGUUCCUGGAGCUGCUCCGGCAGGCGGAGGAGGAGUACGGCUUCCCGUCCGGCGCCUCCGGCCCCGUCGCGCUCCCCUGCGACAAGGACCGCCUCCGCGACGUCCUCCGCCGCGUCUCUUCCUUGUCCGGCUCCGAGGAGCCGCGCCGCUCCUCCUUCUGCCGCCGCCGCGGCGACUCGCGGCCGCUGCUGCAGGGGAUGGCCUUCCCGUGAGCGCGCGCGCCGCGGCACCGAACGAUCGGGCGACGGA